CUCGGAAUGAAGUACUUGUCGCAUUUGACAGGGAACGAAGUAUACUGGCAAAAGGCGGAGCGCGUUAUGAAAGUUCUGGAUGAUCAGAAGAUGGAAGGCGGCCUGGUACCAAUAUUUGUACACCCCAACCAUGGGCGCUUCACCACGAGAGAAAUUCGACUAGGAAGUCGAGGUGAUUCAUACUAUGAAUACCUUAUCAAACAAUACCUACAAACGGGCGAGACUAUCUACCGUGACAUGUGGGAAGACUCCUUGGCUGGUAUCGAGAAGCACCUUGUCACAACCACUCGCAACGCCGCUCUCAAGUUCAUCGCAGAGCUUCCCACAGGAAUUGGGGGGUCUCUCUCGCCAAAGAUGGAUCACCUUGUCUGCUUCCUUCCCGGUACAAUCGCCAUGGCGGCCACGGAGGGGCGUACCUUAGCUGAAGCACGUCACGCCCCUGGUUGGACUGCGCAUCAUGAAAAAGACAUUCAGCUCGCAACAGAGCUCAUGAAAACCUGUUGGGGAAUGUACGCUGUCACCGACACUGGCCUCGCGCCCGAGAUCGCCUGGUUCAAUGCUACUGAUGCAGACUUGCAACCUCAACCCGGUGAUAGGCUCUUGCGCAGAGAAAGCAGCGCAUUGUCAAAGUGGAAGCAGGAUUAUAUAAUUAAGCCCCUGGAUGCACACAACCUUCAAAGACCAGAGACUGUUGAAAGCCUCUUCAUGAUGUAUCGCAUCACGGGGAACUCUAUGUAUCGCGAGUGGGGUUGGAAGAUCUUUCAGUCUUUUCAAAAGCUCACCCUGGUACAUGAUGGAGAGGGAUACACCAGUCUCAAUGAUGUACGGACGGUCCCGCCAGCAACUCGAGACAACAUGGAGAGCUUUUGGCUGGCCGAAAUUCUCAAGUACUUAUACUUGUUGUUUUCUCCAACGGACUACAUGCCAUUGACUGAGGUUGUCUUUAACACGGAGGCACAUCCCUUUCCGAGGUUUACACCGAGGGGGCCCUUGAAAACUGGUUGGCAAAGAAUGCCACGAUAG